AUGGAAAAAGAACAACAAACGACUCAACCUUUAAGUGAAAUUAGAGCUCGAACAUGUUUAACUUAUACACCAACAUGUAAAGAUCUAAAAUUAGCUCAAGAUACUUUUAAUCGUACUGUUAUUGUUGAAGUUCAAAUUCCAUCAGAAUUCUUUCUAAAUCGAGUUUCAGAAGCUAUGCACUUCAUUUUUAAUGAACAUACUAAUAAAAUAAAUUUCUUCGUUAAUAUUUCAUCAACUAUAUAUGGUAAACAAGUUUGUUUUGAAUGGGGUCUUGAACACUUAUCUCUUGUUAGAUCAUGGACUUUAAUUCAAAUACGUGCUUAUGAUUAUCUUCAACAAGAAUCACUAUUAAUUCGUCUUUUUCCAAUAUAA